AUGAGCUGGAAUCCUGGAAGAGAAAUUAUGGAAGAAAAAGCUAAGACUGAAAGGAGCGAUGAAGAUGAAGGUAAGAAUGGGAGUGACAAGGAGCAUCUAGGUAGGCUACCAAAGAAAAUAGCUUGCACGAGGGAGAUCUGCUGUAUUGGGAGGACUGAUCCAGGUGAUGUACAGAGCAGGAAAAACGGGAAUCAGCAUAAGGGAAUAAGCAAAUACGAGAAUACCAGAAGAUUUGCCAGAACUAAUGAUUGAAUUAGAAGAAGUGCUCUGGAAGAGGCUGAUGAAAAAUUUCCGUCUUAA